UCAGAAUAUAUCAUUUAUUACAAAACAAACACAACAAAACAGCAUAACUCAAGACAGUAGCAAACUUUUAAAAACUAUAAACACUUCACAACAUCACAUAUAUAUAUAUAUAUAUACACACACACACAUAAACAGAAAAAACAACAAAGACAUACACAAAUUCAGCAGAACUGCUAGUACUACUACUACUUGUGUCUCUUAUACCUACCACAAUGGAAAUCAACUUCCAAAAACAGCAACAAACAGAAACAAAGUUCAAGGGGAGAAAAAGAACUAAAGGUAGUAACAGUUAUGUUGGUGUUAGACAAAGGCCAUCAGGUAAAUGGGUAGCUGAGAUUAAAGACACAACACAAAAGAUAAGAAUGUGGCUUGGAAGUUAUGAAACUGCUGAAGAAGCUGCUCGUGCUUACGAUCAAGCUGCUGUUCUUCUUCGUGGUUCAACCACACGAACCAACUUCUCAGCUACUCGUGUUUCUCAAGAUUCACCUCUUGCCUACCGAAUCAGAAAUCUACUCAAUCUCAAGAAAAUCGCAAAGGAGAAAAGCCUAGAUGACUUAGUUGAUGCCACAAGUAGUACUACUAUUGUGACUAGCUCCAACACAAGCAAUUGUUCUAGUCCAGUUAGUAAUUGUGAUGAUCAAAGUAGCAAUCUUAACGUAACAAUACUUUCUUGUGAUCAAGAUAUCAUACAAGAAUUUCAACCAUUUGAUGGUAACUCCAACUCUAUGACUAGCUUCAACAUCAUAGAUUGUAUGCCAGCCCACUGUGAUGCCACAAUGUUUAGCUAUUGCCAUUCACCGAUAACUUCUUCAAGCGCGAUUGCACAAACACUUUCUUGUGAUCAAGAAAUCAUACAAGAAAGUACUACUGGUGUGAGUGUGACUAACUCCAACAUCAGCACUUGUGAUGAUCCAGUUUCUAGUGAAAAUAGAGAAAGGAGCAAUCUUUAUGAAACACUACUUUCAUACAACAACAACAACAACAGCGUAUCCAGUAUAAUCCCACAAGUGGAGUCUCGGGAGGGUAGUGUGUAUGCAAACGCUACACCUACCUUGGAAGGAAGAGAGAUUGUUGCCGAUACAGAAACAGUACUUUCUUGUGAUCAAGAAGUCACACAAGAAAGCCAACUAUUCGAUGAUAGCAACACAUACAAGCCUGAUUUCGACAUAGAUACAUCAUCGUGUUCAUCAUUUUCGCGGCCUGAAUUAUCAUGGGAUUUCGAAGAAUGGUUAGAUAUUCCUUCCAAGACAGAGAUGGGGUUAACAGAAUUUGAGGUAAUGAAAGUUGAAAGACAGAUAUCAGCAUCACUUUAUGCAGUGAAUGGUGUUCAAGAUUACAUGGAGAUUAUUCAUGAUCCUUAUGAUGAGUCUCUUUGGGAUCAUCUACUUUCAAAUUCUUGGUAAUAUACUAAUAUUGUUACAUUUUCAUUCAGGAUCUUAUGAUACUAUUCUCUUGUUUUCAUAUUUUAUUUUAUUAAGGUUUUCAUAUAGUUAUUAAAUAUCUAAAUUUUAAUUAUGUUGGCCAACCAAAAGAAGAAAAAAAAACAUAAAAGAGGGAUGAAAGGAAGCUGCUCACAAUAUUCAGAAAUUAUAUAUCAGAGCCAGGUUUCGAUCCUGGGACCUGUGGGUUAUGGGCCCACCACGCUUCCGCUGCGCCACUCUGAUGUGUUGACAUUCCUUUGUGAAAUUUAAUAUAUAUUGGAUUCUUUAAGGGCAUACCACCUUUUAAUGGACAUU